UUGCACACAUGGUUUUGGACAGAGAAUGUCAGUUUUCCACGAUGAAAUUGAAAUAGAAGACAUGGAAUAUGAUGAGGAUACUGAAACUUAUUAUUACCCAUGUCCCUGUGGUGAUCGAUUCGAAAUAACAAAGGAAGAAUUAGCCAGUGGUGAAGACGUUGCCAAGUGUCCCAGUUGCUCCCUGUUAAUUAAAGUGAUAUAUGAUAUUGAUGAUUUUCUCGAAGGUGAAGAAGUAGCUGCUCUGUCAAAGGUUGAACUGGAAAAAGCAUAAAGGUAAAGCAAAAUGGUGAAGCAUUUAGGUAAAGCAUAAUGUUGAAGCAUUUAGGUAAAGCAUUAAAGUAAAACAUAAAGGUGAAGCAGAAAAAGAAAUUCAAAAAGUAAAGCAUAAAGGUAAAGCAUAAAAUAAAAACAUCAAGAUGAAGCAUAAAGGUCAAGCAUAAUGGAAAAGCUAAAGCAUAAAGGUCAAGCAUGAUUGUGAAGCAUUAAGGUAAACUGUAAAGGAAAAAUAAAA